ACCUUCAACUCAGCAUGAGGGAGUGCCUUUCCAUUCACGUGGGCCAAGCUGGCAUCCAGAUUGGGGAUGCUUGCUGGGAACUGUAUUGCCUGGAACAUGGAAUCCAUCCAGAUGGUUUUAUUCUUGACAAUAGAAAGGAUCAGUUGGAAAUUGCUAAAACAGAGCAUAUGGAUGCCUCUUUCAAUACCUUCUUUUGCGAGACAAGAGCUGGGAAGCAUGUGCCCAGAGCACUCUUCAUUGACCUAGAGCCAACUGUUAUAGAUGGGAUUCGAACAGGCAAGCACCGCUCUCUCUUUCACCCAGAGCAGCUUGUUAGCGGGAAGGAGGAUGCUGCAAACAACUAUGCCCGAGGACACUACUCUCUGGGGUCAGAGAUCAUCGACCUUGUGCUAGAGAGAAUCCGAAAGCUGGCAGAACAGUGCAGUGGACUACAGGGAUUUUUGAUUUUCCGAAGCCUUGGAGGAGGCACUGGAUCAGGAUUUACAUCUCUCUUAAUGGAGCAUCUCUCGAUACAAUACGGCAGGAAGACUAAAUUGGAGUUCUCUGUCUACCCAGCCCCCAGGAUCUCCACUGCUGUAGUAGAACCUUACAACUCCAUCCUCACCACCCAUUUCACAUUAGAGCACUCGGACUGUACCUUCAUGGUGGACAAUGAGGCCCUCUAUGACAUAUGCCAUCAUAAACUUGGUGUUGAACGCCCCUCUUACACCAUCAUUAAUAGGCUGAUAGGUCAGGCAGUAUCUUCCAUUACUGCUUCCCUCCGGUUUGAAGGGCCCUUGAAUGUGGACCUAAAUGAAUUCCAGACCAACCUAGUACCUUAUCCGAGAAUUCAUUUCCCUAUGACAGCCUUUGCCCCCAUCAUUUCUGCUGACAAUGCCUACCACAAGGACUUCUCUGUGGCAGAUAUCACCACUGCUUGCUUUGAGGUCUCCAACCAGCUGGUCAAGUGUGAUCCUCGAUUGGGGAAGUACAUGGCCUGCUGCCUACUUUAUAGAGGGGAUGUGGUCCCUAAGGAUGUCAAUGCAGCAAUUGCAGCCAUGAAGUCAAGGAACUCUGUUCAGUUUGUAGAUUGGUGUCCAACUGGUUUCAAGGUGGGCAUCAACAGUCAACCACCCAUGAUGAUGCCCGGGGGAGAAAUGGCCAAGGUCCAGCAGGCUGUCUGCAUGCUGAGCAACACCACAGCAGUUGUAGAGGCCUGGGCCCGCCUGAAUCACAAGUUUGAUCUCAUGUAUGCCAAGAGGGCAUUUCUACAUUGGUACAUCAGAGAAGGUAUGGAAGAAGAGGAGUUUUCAGAGGCCAGGAAAGAUCUGGCAUGUCUGGAGAAGGAUUAUGAGGAGGUGGGGCAAAGUUUCUGAGGUAUAUGUGAUGGUGAAAAUAAUGUUAAAUGCCAUGCUUACUUUAUAAGACAUUUUACAGUUGGUGGGUAGAGUUCCUUUGAUUAGAAGAAGAAAGAAAUCAAAUGAAACAAGAACAUAAGUUCCACACUAAAUUAAAUCAGCCAAUAUUAACAAUGAGAACAUCUUUUCUUGUCUGUUAGUAUAAUUCAGCACUGCUACCUGUGGACCUUCUAAGCUUUGGAGUCCUUUCUGGGUCGUGUCAUUUGUGUGUUUGUAUGUGUGUUUUGUCAGAGUGGAAACCUGGCUAUAUAUUUUUUGCUUUUCAACCAUGACACUAUGAAGCACUAAAGUUAAUGCUUUCCCUAUCCUAUACCUGAGGUGAAAAACAGCAAAAUAU